UUGGACAAAGAUUAAUGUCUGAUUUACUACCAUCAGUAUACAUUUUUUUCCAACAAAACUCUAUGUAAUUUUGCAGAAUUCAGGUAAGCUGGAAAAAGCGGAGAUUUUGGAAAUGACUGUCCAGUAUCUAAGAGCAUUACAUGCGGCUGACUUUCCUAGAGGAAGAGACAAAGAUCUAUUGUCUGAGUUUGCCAAUUAUUUCCACUAUGGUUACCACGAAUGCAUGAAAAACCUGGUCCACUAUCUGACCACUGUAGAAAGGAUGGAAACUAAGGACACUAAGUACGCUCGAAUUGUUGCCUUCCUCCAGUCCAAGGCCCACUUAAGCACAGAACCCCUCUUCAGCUCUCUGCAGGAGGUGGAUGUGUCUUGUCAACUGUAUUCCUCACCAACUGACUAUACCAGCCCUUGUGACUCUUCCUUUGCACCAAGCCCUGGAGGAUCGCUCUCAUGGCAUGGAGCAGCUAGAAGCCCCACACUGAAUUAUCUCUCAGGUCCUACAGCUAUGCCACUCCAGUGCACCCCUCCACAACAACCACACCACAAUAGCUUCCUGUCCCCCAUGCAGAGUCUGGACAGAUGCUACCUCAACUUGCUUGGACAUUCCCACCCAAACAACUUUAGCAUGCAUAGUGCACAGCACCCUGGAGUUCUGUGACCUUAACCGAAUGUCACAAAGUCCUUUCCUU